ACUUAUACGGGUUUUACUGCAGAGCUACAGGAAAAAUAGGAACAGACACACACGCACACACACACACACGCACACACACACACACACUCACAGAGAGCAGCGGGCGGAGAGACAGACAGGUCUGCUGUCUAUGUUCUGAUGUGAUUGUGCUUGAAUAGUUGUAGGGCUGUUGCUCAGAGGGCCGUGGAAACCGCGUGAAGUGGACGUGGCAUUCGCGAGUUUGGACUGCAGCUUGUGUAGGCGCGUGCCGUGGCACAGGUGAGAGUGGAAAGUUGACAGGGCUGGGAGUUGAGCUGCUGCUGCUGAUACGGGCACAGGAGGCCCGGGACUCUCGGACCUCUCCGGCACUCAGCACAUCGCACUGCUGCGACACACAGCAAGUCGUUCUCACGGAAACGCCGUGUUUCUGACUCGUCGCGUGUUUUCAUGCAAGCAGCGUUUAACUGAAAGUUCUUCAAAUGAAGGAAAAAUCAAAGAAUGCUGCGAAAAAGCGCAGAGAGAAAGAGAACGGAGAGUUUUAUGAGCUGGCCAAGCUGCUGCCUCUGCCGGCGGCCAUCACCUCCCAGCUGGACAAGGCCUCCAUCAUCCGACUGACGAGCAGCUACCUCAGGAUGCGGAGCAUUCUCCCCGACGGUCUGGGUGAUGGAUGGGGGCAGUCAACAAGGUUCAGUCCUCUGGACAGCAUGGCAAAGGAGCUGGGUACCCACCUUUUACAAACUCUAGAUGGGUUUGUUUUUGUUGUUGCGUCAGAUGGGAAAAUCAUGUACAUUUCAGAAACGGCAUCAGUGCACCUUGGUCUGUCACAGGUGGAGCUAACAGGAAACAGUAUAUUUGAAUACAUCCACCCAUCAGACCAUGAUGAGAUGACAGCAGUGCUGAGUCUCCACCAGGCCCCACAGCAUCACUUCUUGCCAGAGUAUGAAAUUGAGCGGUCCUUCUUCUUGAGGAUGAAGUGUGUUCUUGCCAAACGAAAUGCAGGGCUGACAUGUGGAGGAUAUAAGGUCAUCCACUGCAGUGGCUACCUGAAAGUGCGUCAGUACAUGGUGGACAUGGUGCUCUAUGAAUCAUGCUAUCAGACUGUGGGCCUGGUAGCAGUUGGACACUCCCUGCCUCCCAGUGGUAUCACUGAGAUCAAACUCCAUAGUAACAUGUUCAUGUUCAGAGCCAGCCUGGACUUUAAGCUCAUCUUUUUGGACAUGAGGGUGGCAGAGCUGACAGGCUACGAGCCCCAGGACCUGAUAGACAAGACUCUUUACCACCAUGUUCAUGCCUGUGACAUUUUCCAUCUACGAUACGCUCAUCAUUUAUUGCUGGUGAAGGGUCAGGUCACCACCAAGUAUUACCGCUUGCUAUCAAAGCAUGGAGGUUGGGUGUGGGUGCAGAGUUAUGCCACCAUUGUCCACAACAGCCGUUCAUCCAGACCUCACUGUAUUGUCAGUGUGAACUACGUCCUCACUGACAUUGAAAGAAAGGAACUGCAGUUAUCUGAAGAUCAGAGUCAAGCCACUAAGUGUGGUGUAAGUCUCACUUCAUCUCAGGACCACAGCAGACAAUUCAGAAGCAAAGCAGUCAAGAUGAAGACCAAACUAAGAGAAGCUCCCUAUCUUGAGAAGGCUCCUCGCCUCUUCCAGCCGGACCUCUCAUACUGCUCGUCACAAAAGGGGAUGUUGAAAGACAGAUCCCUGUACCCAGUGACCCCUUGCAGGGAGACGAGCUCCAACCUGAGACCUGAAGGAGUUCAGGUGUCCUGCAGCCCCACUUACAAUCUGACUCUCCAUUACCCAUCCCAUCAUCAGCAUCUGAACGUUCAGAGCCAGCUGCCCAGCUCAGUUCCCUCCUCUCAGCUAUCUCAACAAAUAAUCGGCUCCCUGCAUAGUAAAGGGGCUGAUGGAUGGAACAUCAGCAACUCCACAGCAGCCAACAAAUACAAAGGGCCUGUACUGGCAGCUGACCGUAGGUACCAGGAUGAUUGUUCCAGUGGAAUGAACCCUCUUUCAAACAGCAGGCUGAAGGACGAAUUCUGUGAACAUUACACACUUGUCCAUACCAAAGUUUGUCCACAUGCCCAGCCUCAUGCCGCAAAGGGGAGUAAAGCUUUAAACCAGGACAUGCAAUAUUAUGCAAAAGGUGACAGGGCCCUGGCUUGCCCUGUGCUCAGCAGCCUGGUACUUGGUAAAGGUGAGCAUGGUGGCCUGUUGCAUGGCAUAAGCCAGUCGCUUCCUGUGCAGAUAGUGCUUGAGCAGAAGAAGAUGCUCUGUAUGAUGGAGACCCCUUACAGUCAUGUUGCUGCAGAAUAUCAUCAACCUGCUGACGACCAGCAGCAGUUUGGAGCUGCCACGGAGCCACAGUCCAGAUCUGCAGAGGACAUGCGAAUGCUGACAGGUAUAGGGGCUCCAUAUAUGUCUUUAAACUUUCAUCAAGUCUUGGGCAAACCUGGUCCUAUUAAGGCCUCCCCUGUUGCCUCACUGAGCAAUAUAACAGAUGGCCAUUGUUACCAAGGUAAAGAGAUGGUGUCUUACAACUGUACCAGCCAGAGUCCCAGCUCCAGCUCAUCUCCUGAGAGCCACAGAGAGACCCCACACUGCACUGGCACAUCUGUCAUCAUCACAAAUGAGAGGUGACCCAGAAAGAGAAGCAGGCUUUAUCUGUGUCUGCAGACAUAGCUCUGACACUGCAGCUGAAAGCUGUUUUUCUUCCAUCAUGUUAAAACAGAAGGUUUAGAACUUUUCUGUAAAGCAUAUGUAGUAAUGCAGCGUUUGAAAGUGUUUUAUUUACUUUCUACUGAAUGUUAUUUGAUCUUAACCUAAAGACUUAAAGACGGAAUAAUGUCUGAAUCCUGUGAUCAGAAUAUUUGAAAUGCAAAUAUUACUACUGUUACUUCAGUCAUUUCAUAGCAGGAGUGUUUGUCCAUGUGUCACUUCCAUGGGAAUAUGUCUGUGAAGGUUCUCAGUCAUCCAGGUCAUCGUAGUCUACGGAGCUCGGAAAGA